AUGACUAGCGAAGAGAUUCGAGAGGCCAUCGAUGACCGACUGAAAGGAGAGGUCAAGAUGAACACGAUGCGAUACCCACAGAUCCUCCGGCGCUAUAUUGACGCCAACUGGAUCUCUAGUCCCGGUCUUCCAUCUUUCGUCAUCCCAAUCGGACCUUUCCAGUCGAAGAACCAAACCAUGACCACUCAAGGGAAGCUGCCGGCUCCACCCUCUUUCCUUUCCUUCAUGGCUACAAAUAACAAGAAGAAUCUCUUGUAUAUCAUGGAAGCCUCUCUUGAGGAAGAGUGCAAGUCAAUGGCAAAUCUGCAUCGCUACGUGCAAGAGGUCCUGAACCGAAAGUUUGCCUCGCUAUUUGUCGAGAUAGAUACAGGCAAGCAUGAAGACCAAAUAAUAAUGUUUAACACGGCACAAUUUGUCAUCGCUUGGUAUCACGAGUCUCCAAUUAGCGAACUACAACUCCACGCGCAUGAACUUUAUCAGAAGCAUUUUGUUGGAUUUGGGUGCGUAUUUUUCAGAGGUUGUGCCAUGUUAUCGCUGAACCUCUGUGUUCAGACGUUGAUUUCCAAAUUAUUCUCCAUGAAAUAA